AUGAUUAUCUUUUUGCCAACAGCUUUGAACUAUGGAUAUUCUUUGUCUAACAUUGAGCCUUUGAAUGGCUCAAACUUCAACAAGUGGAAAGAGAACGUAGAACUGUACCUUGGCCUUCUGGGUAUUGAUAUCUGUUUGAGAGAGCCUCAGCCUAUCCCAGAUGACCAAAGCACUGAUUUGGACCAUGUGAAAUAUAGAGAAUGGGAGAGGACUGACAGGAUGACCAAAUUAAUCUUAAAGCAGACCAUGUCACCCAUAGUAAGAGGUAGUGUUGCUGAACCAGAAACUGCCUUAGAAUAUAUGACUGCCAUUGGUCAGAAAUUUAUCCAGAAUGAGAAGGCUGAGAUUCACUUGCUCUUAGACAAGUUGACUGGGACCCAGUAUGAUCCUGCAGGUAGUGUUAGAGAGCUUAAUAUAGAUAUUAUCCGAACCACCACUAGACUUGGAGACUUGAAUGUUGUCCUACCUGAUGCUUAUAUCAUCCACGUUUGCUUCAAACAUCUUCCUGCUAGUUUUGCACCUCUAAGAACUGCUUAUUUUGCUCAGAAGGAACAGUGGGAUUUGAAUGAGCUUAUAGCCAUAUGUGUGCAAGAAGAAGAGUUGCUUAAGAGUUAG